AUGGCUAGUCCCUCAGGUCAAAGCGCAACAGGAACAACAAAUGGAUGCAAUGAAGGGAGAGGUUUUUGCUUGGUUAUUUUGGUGGAUCAAGAAGUGUCAGUUUUUGCUGUAGCAAGAAAGAAUCGGAGAGCUGAUUAUGAAAAUAUGAAUUUCGUAGAUGAAGAAGAUUAUGAUAAUAAUGUGGAUGUUGUUGACAGUCGAAGUCUAUUGGGUGAUGUUGUUGGGUCUAGUAUGCCGAUGAAUGGGAUGUUAUUUGAGUCUAUAGAUGAGAUGUUUGAAUUUUAUAAGCUUUAUGCACAAGCUAGGGGAUUUUAUGUCAAGAAGAGAUCCAUAACAAAGGAUUUGAAUGGAAUACACAAAUAUUUGAUUUUUACAAGUGAACGUUCUAAUAAAUAUGUCAGUCAUUCGAAAAUGUUAGUGAAUCGCUGUGCUCAUUCUAAGAAUGAGUGUAAAGCGAGGCUGGUUGGUAGACUUGAUUCGGUUGGGAAGUGGGAGAUUAUGAAAUUUGAAGAUGAGCACAAUCAUAAUAUGAGUCCUACACACUCACGAUUUUUCACUUGCAAUAGGGAGACUAGCCCACAUGUAAGAAGGCAGUUGGAGAUCAAUGAUAUUGCUGGGAUCAGACCCAACAAGAGCCACAAUUCUUUUGUUAUAGGAGUUGGUGGUCAUGAUAAAUUAUCUUUUUUGGAGAGGGACACUCGGAAUCACAUUUCUAGAGCGAGGCGAAUGCGACUUGGUGUAGGUAAUGCAGAUGCGGUGCAGAAUUAUUUCUUGAAGAUGCAAACAAACAAUCAAGGUAGGGCUGCCUACGAGGAAUUUGGUGAUGUUGUUACAUUUGAUACUACUUAUCUCACAAACAAGUACGAUAUACCAUUUGCUCCUUUUGUUGGAGUGAAUCACCAAAGUCAUUCAAUACUACUUAGGUGUGGGCUAAUUUCUAGCGAGGACACUGAAACAUUAUUUUGGUUGUUCAGAACAUGGCUAGCAUGUAUGGGUGGGGUUCCACCUCAAGGUAUUAUUACAGACCAAGACAGAGCAGUGAAAAAUGCUAUAGCCAUUAUGUUUCCAAACACGUGUCACAGAUUGUGUCUGUGGCACAUAAUGAAGAAGCUCCCUGAAAAAUUAGGCUCCCACGGGGAAUAUGAUGAUGUGGCUAAUUCAAUGCAAGCAGCUGUGUAUGAUUCGCAUAGCAUUGUUGAUUUUGAAGAUUCUUGGAGGAGAAUGAUUUUCCAGUACCAGCUCGAAAGUAAUGCUUGGUUGACGUCUUUGUUUUUGGAAAGGAAGAUUUGGGUUCCAAUAUACGUUAAAAAAUAUUUUUGGGCUGAGAUGUCAACUACUGGUAGAAGUGAGAGCAUGAAUGCAUUUUUUGAUGGAUAUGUGAAUUCAAAAACUACAUUGAAACAAUUUGUUGAGCAAUAUGAGAAUGCACUAAGGAAAAAAAUUGAGAAGGAGAAGAUGGUUGAUUUUGACUCAUUUAGCAAGUAG